AUGAGGACGCAGAGAUGGACGACCACGCUUGCUGCGGCUUUAGGCUGUUUAGUGCCAGAUGUCAGAGCUCAGACGGGGUCGUUGAAGGAUCUGGGGAGCUUGUUGGCGAGUCAGAAGAAUUUGACGACGUUUUAUAGCUUGAUACAGAAAUACCCUCAGAUCUUGUUCCAAUUGCCAUCACAAGAUGGCGUAACUAUCCUCGCGCCAAAUAAUGAUGCGUUCGAAAAGAUUCCUUACACAGAAUUAAACGCCGCCUUUGCAAAUAAUGAUCAAACCAUCAUUACAAAUGUUCUCGAAUACCACAUUCUCUCAGGCUCAAAGACGGCCGCUCAAUUAAUCCCAGGAGCUCCUGUAUUUAUACCAACAUUAUUGACGAACCCCUCCUUUUCAAAUGUAUCAGGUGGAGCGACUGUAGAGAAUGUGAAGCAGGCUGGAGAUGUGGUGGUUUUUGACCUCGAAUUCAACGGCGGCUACGUCCAAGUAAUCGACUCUCUCCUCAUCCCCCCCGCCAACCUCACAACCACAAUCGAAUCCUUCAACCUAACCUCCUUCGAAGGCGCCCUCUACCAAACAAACAAACUCACAAACUACACUACCACCCCCAACAGCACCAUCUUCGUCCCCCAAAACGACGCCUUCCAAGCCCUCGGCCCAGCCAUCGCAAACAUGACCACAGACCAACUCUCCGCAAUCCUAGACUACCAUCUCAUCCCCUCCCAAGUCCUCUACACCCCCAACCUCACAAACGGAUCCACCUUCGUCACCGCAAACGGCGGCAAAAUCACCGUCCGUCAAGGCGGCAAUAACCUCUACAUCAACAGCGCGCAGCUCUUAAACGCCAACAUCCUCAUCGCGAACGGCGUGUUGCAUACCAUUGACAACGUGCUCAACCCAGCCGGUCCAGACGCCCUCCCGAACCCGCAAAUCGCGUCCCAAGGCCCGGUCUUUGCGUCCGCGGAGCGCGCGAGCAAUUUGCCGUUUACGAGCGCGAUUCCGUGCACGAGUUCGUGUCCGGUGUCGUCUGUGACGAGUGCGUCGGCUUCUGUGACGGGUGAGGGAGUGGCGGCGACGAGAACGAGUGUGAGGAGUAGCGCGACGGCGGUUAGUUCGAGUAGCAGUCGUGCUGGUGUGGCGAGGGCGAGGGAGACGGGGUUGGGGGGUGUGGGGUUGGUUAUGGCGGUUGGAGGGGCGGUGCUGAUGAUUUGA